AUGCCCUCAGCAUUCGCCUUCCUGCCGCCUGUCCAAGGCGAUCUUCCCCACCACCCCCUACCGACUCGAACGUUCCAGUGGACGCCUGUGGACCCCAACACCACACGUCUUCGCUGGACGCGAUUCCGUACUGCCCCCAAGACCAUCUGUGCACUUCGUCACGCCGUCCUCAUCCUCGACAGCGCUGCUGCCAUCACGCCGCUGAUCGAGAUCGUCGACAGCUCUGUCACCACACCGCUGAUCGAGACCAGCGAUUCUCACGAGGCUGCCAGCCGCAGCCAAUGUCUGACCAUCAUGCUGUGCAAACCUCUAAAGACGCCCCAAGAAGAACUAAAGCUCGGUUUUUCCUGCACCGACGUCGCCGCACAAGUCCAGAACGCCAAGCCGACGGUGGUCACGACCCUGGACGACUUCACCGGUACGCCCACGUACCACAGCUUGUCAAUCGUCGCAUACAAGGCCCAAGACACCACGGUCUCAAUCCCCUUCUUAAGAAGCUCCUCGGCGGCCUUCAUCAUAGAGCUGUACGUCAGGCUUCUCGCGUUACCUGCAGCGAACGCCUCUCUAAUUGCCGCGGCCGAUGAUGAUUUUAAAACGAGCACCGUCGCAGCUGCCGAUAUUGUCAAUGGCGACAUCAACGAGCUCCAAACUCAACAAGAAGUCGAGGUCGCCCAUAGUCCUGUACUUCAUAGUGGACUCCGUAUCCAACGUGUGCAGCUACACGUAUACGACUCGAAGUGGAAGGCUAAGACAGCCGACACCAAGGCUCACCGAGCCACUCGAGUCGCAGCUCGCCCCACGCCAACUUCUACUUCAAUACACCCCGUCCAGCCCAACAAGAACGUGGCGUCCAAGCUGUUCAGCUACCUCGAGGACGCCACGUAUAUCGGAUACCGAGCCGAGUCCAAAGCGCGACGUAGUCAAGCGAGUGCGGCCACCCCUCAGCUUCGCGCCCUGUUCUCGGAUUCAGUGUACAAGAAGAAGAAGCGCGAAGGAGUAGCAAACCAUGUAGCCCAUGAAAUUGAUGCUACCACCGGUGACAUGACAGCUAAUACCCCGUACAAUAGCCCGACCAAUCCGCCGUUGCUGGUCAUCGGGGUGAAGACCCGAGUCAUCGACGGUUUCCCGUUCCGACAAGCCAUCCGCCGAACCUGGGCAAGCAAGGAUAGCUUACCGGCAAAUGUUCGCGUACUCUUUGCUGCUUGCAGACUCCCAGGUGAUGCGAGAGAAGACGUUCAUCAGACUAUCGCCUACAAGCUGAAUAUUUACGGUGGUGACUUGCUCACAGAUGUUCUGGACUGCGAGGAUUAG